GUUUGGGACUGGUGGCCACCGUUCUGCUUGCCAAGUCUGCAUCACUCAGUCUGACCGAAAACUGCUUUCCCCCCCGCGCUGUUUGGCUCCAGAUGAGCUGACCCGGGCGACGAAGGCUGACCUGGGCAACGAGUUGCGAAGGUUUCACUCACCGAACGCCCCUGAUGCUCCGAAUUCGGCUGCUGUCCGGGGCGAUUGUGGCUGAGUUUCAUCCGGAUGAGCUGCAUCGCAUGUCGAGCGAAAAACCUGUCAGGGCACUGAAACAGUACCUGGCAGCGCAGAUCGGAUGCUCACGAUUUCGGCAAAGGCUCUUGAGGGAGGACAUCGAGUUGGAAGAUGAUGCUCUGUUGACCUUGCCGUCAGAUUUGCAGCUGGUGAUUUUAGACUUUCAAGGUCAGGACACUUGGCGUCAACAGAACCACGCCUUCAUUUCAGCAUGUGAAAAGGGCCGUGUGGAGGAAGUUGAAGCCAUGCUCCACUUGCCUCAUGAUCCCAACACUCGUGAUCACUUGUCACGUGACCAAGCAGCCAUUCAUGUUGCAGCGCAGGGUGGUCACUUGGAAGUGGUGCGCUUGCUCCUGGAAGCUGGAGCCAACAAAGAUGCGGCAUCACAAGUGGGUUUUACGGCUUUACAUUUGGCCACGUACUCCGGGCAAUUGGAGGUGGUCCGUGAAUUGCUGUUUGUCGGAGCUCAGAAGGAUGCCGUUGCCCUUGAUGGCUCCACCGCUUUGCAUUGGGCCUGUGAGAAUGGUCGAGUGGAGGUGGUACGAGAGUUGUUGGCAGCGGGAGCGGACAAACAUGCUGCGACCCAUCGCGGUUUGACGCCUUUGAAGUUGGCAGCAGUCAUGGGCCAUCUCGAAGUCAUUCAAUUGUUGGAUGCAGCAAGAUAGCAGCCUAGGAGGCCUAGUAGGGCAAGCCUCGCCAAAGUUCAGCGAAGUGUAUACAAUUUUCGAGUGACAAAAAUCAUGCGCAAUGAAGGUGCGUG